CUGGCCCUUUGCACAGGCAGGAGCCAGGUCACUGAAGAGUUUGUAUUGGCAGAUCCUGUGCUCGGUCCUCAGCGACGGAGGGUGGACUCGGCCAGAGGUGGGCUCGAGUCCCGCACCUACUGCGCCACCCCAUGCCUCACGGGUGUGAGAGCUGGACCUGGCCGAAGGUGGGCCGGGGUUGAAGGAAGCGGCCUGCAUGAUCCGCCGGGACCCCAACCCAUCGUCUGGAAGAGCCCACUCUCCCUGGAAGAAAGACCAUCCUUGAAGAGGAUGACUGAGACGCUAUGGGCCAUGCACUGUGUGUCUGUUCCCGGGGAACUGUCAUCAUUGACAAUAAGCGUUACCUCUUCGUCCAGAAAUUGGGGGAGGGUGGGUUCAGCUACGUGGACCUAGUGGAGGGCUUACAUGAUGGACACUUCUACGCCCUGAAGCGAAUCCUGUGUCAUGAGCAGCAGGACCAGGAAGAGGCCCAACGAGAGGCAGACAUGCAUCGCCUCUUCCAGCAUCCAAACAUCCUUCGCCUCAUGGCUUACUCUUUGAAAGAACGAGGUGCUAAGCAUGAAGCCUGGCUGCUGCUACCCUUCUUCAAGAGAGGUACACUGUGGAAUGAGAUAGAAAGGCUGAAGGACCAAGGCAACUUCCUGACUGAAGACCAAAUCCUUCCGUUGUUGCUGGGUAUCUGCAGAGGCCUUGAGGCCAUUCAUGCCAAAGGUUAUGCACACAGGGACCUGAAGCCCACCAAUAUUUUGCUUGGUGAUGAGGGGCAGCCGGUUUUAAUGGACUUGGGUUCUAUGAAUCAAGCAUGCAUCCAAGUGGAGGGAUCUCGCCAGGCCCUAGCUCUACAGGACUGGGCAGCCCAGCGGUGCACCAUCUCCUACCGGGCACCUGAACUUUUUUCUGUGCAAAGCCACUGUGUCAUCGAUGAGCGGACUGAUGUCUGGUCCCUAGGCUGUGUGCUUUAUGCAAUGAUGUUUGGGGAAGGCCCUUAUGAUAUGGUGUUCCAGAAAGGUGACAGUGUGGCCCUUGCUGUGCAGAAUGACCUCAGCAUCCCACAAAGCCCCAGGCAUUCUUCAGCAUUGCGACAGCUGUUGGCCUCUAUGAUGACUGUGGACCCCCAGCAACGCCCUCACAUCCCUGUCCUCCUCAGUCAAUUGGAGGCAUUGCAGCCACCAGCUCCUGGCCAGCACACCACCCAAAUCUGAUCAAAUCAGUGAGCAUAUUGGGAAGAUGACCUUGAAUCAGCUCUCAUGCCUCAUUGGAACUUCUGAUCUACACAAGAUGGGUCUCACCAUUAGGGGCAAGGAUGGUGGGUCCUUGUAUAUUCUGCUCUUAUCCCAAUACCUGGGCAAGGAGCCUAGGGUGAGUUGGGGGUGGGGGGGAUGAAACAGAAAAUAUGGCUCAAAGCUGGGCUGCUGGGCGCACAUCAUGUUCUGCCUCCAGAUCUGGCAGCAGGAGAAUACAUAAAAAGUAGAAUAAAGUGAAAA